UCUUGAAUGAUGUAAACAUAUGUGUCAAAUUUAAUUCAUCACUUACUUUUUCUGUAUUGGCAACUUCGCCCAAAGUUUCUUUCUUGUCUAUUUCUUUUUUCAAAAUUAAAUCUUAACUUGCAGGAAUAUUUAUAAUUGUUCAUCACAAAAGAUUUCUAUAGCUAAUAAGUGAUAUACAGCAUCUGUUUUUAUAUUCGAAAAUUUGAACUUCCCGCAAUCAUGGCUUUGAUAACAAAAUUUGUUUUCAAGUUCACAUGGUGCUGUUAUACUUCAUUUAUUUAAAAAAAAAUUAAAUAAGCGAUUUUUAAAAUUUAAUUAUGAAUUCUUUAUUAUUUGGUCAAGUUAUCAAGGUUAUUUAAGUUUAACUUUAACAUCGCCUUGCAUGAAAUAUUAAUUAAAUUAUUUAAUAAAUAUUUUUUUAACACUAUUGUAACGCUUAAAUUUAUAUUAUAAAGGAUAAUUUUAAUUUUAUGUAAAUCAUUUAGCUAUAAACCUGGAGUUUUGUUACCUUUCAAAAUUGUUCCCUUGGGUCGACGUGGAAGGUAGCACAAAGUGGAAAGUUCGUGUCAUAUUCUUCAUUUCCAUUCUGUCACUCUUCUCUAGUGGAUCGUGAUGCCUGCUUCUCCGAGUUCAACAUCAGUUGGGGGCAGUCGCUCCCCAGCAAAAGUAGUAGCACCUAGGUCAGCAGUCGGAAGCACAACUGUUCGACAAAGAAAAACAACUACUACAACUUCUGCAAGAAACCGAACACCUGGUGCAGGCAGCACUGGAAUGUGGAGGUUUUACACUGACGAUUCCCCCGGCAUUAAAGUUGGACCAGUUCCAGUAUUAGUCAUGUCCUUACUGUUCAUCGCGUCCGUCUUCAUGCUUCACAUUUGGGGCAAAUACACCCGAUCAUGAAUUAAUCAACAUUCCUUCUGAAUAAAUAUAUCCAAUUGCAUUUAUAAGUAAUAACUGAUAAGGUUAUGAUUACUUAUUAAUAAUGUUUACAUUACAUUUACAAAAAUUUAUUUAUAUGUUAUAAUGUACACAUUUUUAUUAUACAAUUAAAUUAUAUAAUUUUUACAUAUUUACAAUUUAUAUACAUUAAAAUAAAUCUAUACAAAACAAUAUCAAUAUACAAAUGUAUUAAACAUGGAAUUAUUUAUACUAUAACAAAUUGUUUUAAGUUUAAAUAUUUUUUGUUAUAUUAUUUAUAUGAAAAUAAAAGAAAUUGAAGGAUAUAAUUUUAUUUAUCAAUUAUA